UUGCCAAAAAUUCAUGUGCUAAAAUUUUAUACAUUUUUAAAAAAAGGGAAUAUCCGAUGGUGUGUAUUCACCAGUGGUGAAAAUCUGAAAUGCCAGGCAUUGUCAAAGACAAUAUCUCAGAUAUCAACAUUCUCAGCCAAUUACACGUUAAGAUGUGUUAUGGGUCUCUCUGAAUUUGACUGCAUGAAAUUGAUCAGUCAAGACAAAGCGGAUCUCAUAACAUUAGAUGUUGGCCUUGGAUACAUCGCCAGCAGAAUUUAUAGUUUGAGGCCUCUUGCGGUGGAAAAUUAUAACGCACAAGAUCUCUCAAAUGAUUUAUAUUACUAUUCAACAAUUGUUGUUCCAAUCGGUGAAGCUCUCGAUCCUUACACCCUUCGACGGAAGGAAGUUUGUUUCUCCGGAGCUGGGACAGCUGAGGGCUGGGUGCUUCCUCUUAGCAAUUUGAUGGGAAGUAUUCAAGCGAUCAACAUUACUCAGUGUAAUAGUGUAGUACAGAAUUUGAUCCAAUUUCUUGGUGAUUCCUGUAUACCUAACGCACUUCAGAGCGCUUUCAAUCCAUUUGGUGAUAACACGCAGGAGAUCUGUCGAUUAUGUGGCGAUGAAGGAACUCAGGCGUUUUGUACAUCAAGAGAUCGCUACGCUGGAAAUCAGGGCGCUCUGAGAUGCCUUCACGAGCAGCGAAACGAUCCAGAGACAUUGAAACGUCCUGUUGCUGCAGUAGUGAGAGCUCAGGAAGUAGACUUUGCUAUCAGUGAUGGCUGGUUUCCUAAAGGUCUAUAUCAGCUUCUGUGCCCAACACAACAACUCAGCGGCUUGUGGACAGCACCACUGGGAGACUGGGCUACCUGCAACUGGGGUCGGAUUCCUGCCCGACUAGUUAUGACUUCAUCUCGCCGUCUCGACGUAAGACCGUAUAGAGAUUUUCUUAAACUUCUGAUUAUUAACUUCCAAACUAAUCCAACACCCGGAAAUCCAACGUUCAGUCUUUUCACAUCCACUGAAUAUGUCGUUCCAGAACAAAAUUACGUUCAGCGCAAUCUCAUGUUCUCUGAUUUCACGCGGACACUCUAUUUCCCCGAAGAAGAGAAAAGUGCUACUUAUUAUCAAUGGAUUGAUCCCCAAUUUCUUGCCUAUGAGGAGAUGCUGAAUCAAUGUCCAUUGCCGACCAUUCGAUGGUGUGUUAUUGAUCCCUGGGAAAUGGAGAAAUGCCAACGAAUGAGUAGUGCUUUUGCGGCUAAGGGUAUUAAACCAGACCUGACUUGUGUUCUUGAAGAGACUACCAUUGAUUGUAUGAGGCGGACUAGGGACGGAUUUGUAGAUAUGAUGAAUGUGGAAGCUGGGGAUCUAUAUACGGCGGGAAGUCAGUUCAAUCUCGUUCCGAUCGUAAAUGAGAACUAUGGCAUCGGACCGUUUUACUACGCUGUUGCUGUUGUUCGAAAAAUCAAUCCUGAUAUCUUGAUCUCUAAUUGGAAGUUUACACGUACUUGUCAAAGCGGCGUUGGUCGAGCCACCGGUUGGAUUAUUCCACUUAACUUCAUUCUCCGGACCGCUCAAGUCCAAGUUUAUGGAAGACACCUUAUAUAUGCACUAAGUGAGUUAGUGAGUCAGGCCUGCAUUCCAGGAGUUCAGAAUCAGGAUUUCAAUCCAACUGGCAGGGUUCCCUUGAACUUGUGUGAAUUAUGUAUGAGUGGUGGAAACGAUAGAUGUCAAAGGGAUAAUAGAGAGCUCUACUUCGGCGAAGAUGGAGCUUUUAGAUGUUUAACAGAAGCUGGAGAAAUAGCUUUCACGAGGCACACCACAGUUCAUGCAAACACGGCGAGCAGAAAUCCUGAUUAUUGGGCUCGUAACUUAAGGGAAGACGAUUUCGAGCUACUAUGUCCGGAUGGACGGCGACAAAAUGUUCAAGACUGGCAUAAUUGCAAUCUUGGAAAGGUUCCAGCUAAUACAAUAAUUACAGCUUCUCAUAAAACAGAAAAUGAGCGACUAAAUAUGUGGCGGCUGCUUCAAUAUGGACAAGUAUAUUACGGAGAUGAUUGGAACCCAAUAUUCCGAAUGUUUGACUCUGGAUUCGAUCAUCGUAAUCUGAUAUUCAGUGAUUUGACUGAAAGCUUGACCCUAAUUCCAUGGGCAGAGCAGAACUAUACUCAGUGGCUAGGAGACGACUUCCUGCGUCUAGUCCAGACUCUCAAAAAUGUCGGAAAUUAUGGUGAAAUUGGAGUCUACGAACCGAUAAAUGGAACAGCUUAA